AUGAAUUAUUUAUUAGCAAUCUCGUGCGUUUUUAUUUGUUUUACAACAAUUAUUGCAUUUCCGAAAAAUGACCUUCAACACACAUUUAAGCAAGGCAAUAAAUCUUUUUUGAUACAUACAGUUAAAAUGAAUUUCAGCGAUGCAUACAACUUCUGCAAGAACAGCAAUCUUCAAUUGGCAGCUGUAGAAACCAUUGCUGAAGAUGACAAAAUAUUCAAAGAAUUGAGUUAUUUAGGAUUUUUUUUAGCCCCCAAGGCAUUUUGGACAUCAGGAACCAAAUUAGCAAAUUCAAACCGGUGGAUAUGGUUAAUCAGCACUAAAACUAUUGCGUAUUUCAAUUGGGGCGACGCAGAACCAAGCAAAAAAUAUGGUAACGAGUUUUGUAUAGCCGUACAUCCUGAUAAUUAUAGCGAAACUGGUUAUUGGAGUGCUCGUAAUUGCAGUUCAACAGCAUACCCAAUUUGUCAAACAGUUUCUUUAAAUUAA